AUGAAAGGCAGAACAUUUGCCUUACUUGUGGAGAGAAAGGCCAUUUCUCAGCAGACUGUCCAAGGAACUGCCCCAGUACUAGUCAACCCACCCGCUCAACCACAAGGAGAGAGAGGCGACCAGGGAGUGGAAGCCGUAGAAUGUAAGAUAGAGUCUAGGAACCCUAAACCACAUGCCGAGAAAAGGAGGAUCAGAGGAGAUCAGUGGAAGAGGAGUGCAAGGGGACAACGUGAAGACAAAGUAAGAGGAGUCUGGGGACAACGUGAAGACAGAGUAAGAGGAGGCAAGGCAUCUUCAAAGAUGGGGAGAGACACCGGAACAAUGGAACGUUCCUACUCUCUACAACUGGAAUUCGGGGACGAAUUCUAUUAA